GUCCUCCGCCAGUCGCCGACCAGCCAGUCUAUAAGAGGCGUCACAGGUACCUCCUGUCAUCGAUAGUAGCAUCGGUCUACUCAACCCUGCUGACAAGCCUCGUUUACCAGUACUACAGUCAAGAUGGGCGACCUCGAGAGCAACAAGAACGGCUACCCCAGCAACGAGAUCGUGCAGUCGUUCGCCUGGCACGAUCUCACCGUCACCGUCAAAGACCGCUCCACCAAGACUCCCCUCUCCAUCCUGACCGCAGCUGCCGGCAUCGUCUCUGCCGGCGAGAUGCUGGCCAUCAUGGGGCCCAGCGGGUCGGGCAAGACGACGCUGCUCAACGCGCUGGCCCACCGCGUCGCCGCGGCGGGCGCCAGCACGACGGGCGCGAUCCUGGCGAACGGACAGACUCUGUCGCUGCGGCUGGUGAGAGAUCUAUCGGCAUACGUCGAGCAGGAAGACGCGUUGAUCGGUUCUUUGACCGUAAGGGAGACGAUGGUUUUUGCCGCUCAGUUGGCUCUUCCUAGUUCUGUCACGAGAAGAGAAGCCUUCCAACGCGUCGACGAUUUGAUCCAGAGCUUUGGUCUGCAGACUCAGUCCGAUACAAUUGUGGGAACACCCAUCAAGAAGGGGUUGAGUGGCGGGCAAAAGAAACGACUGAGCAUCGCCAGUCGGCUGGUCACCAGCCCCAAGAUCCUCUUUCUGGACGAACCGACCAGCGGGCUGGACUCUGCUCUCAGUCUGGAGGUCUGCAGCUAUCUCAAGAAGGUUGGAAGACGGAACAACCUCAUUAUCAUCGCCUCCAUCCACCAGCCCUCGUCGGCAACGUUCCAGCAGUUUGAUAAACUGUGCCUCUUGUCCCGGGGCAAGACGUGCUAUUUCGGCCCUGUGGCGGGCUGUGUUGCGUACUUUGACAGCAUCGGAUAUCCCAUUCCCGCCGAGACCAACUCGGCCGAGUUCUUCCUGGACUUGAUCAACACCGACCUGGACAAAGAUGGCGAGAUUGUCCGGCGGACUGCGCAGAUCUGCGAGGCCUGGAGCCAGUCGGCGGACCAGGAACAGCUGGACGCGACCAUCAAGACAUCCCAGUCCAACGCAUCGCAGAGCAGUCUAUCCGAGUAUCACAGCGAGAAGCCCCGGAUAUGGAUGCCGCCCGUCGUGCUGCUGCAUCGGUCGUGGAUCAAGGCUUACCGCGACGUGAUGGCAUAUGGCAUCCGGGUGGCCAUGUACUUCGGCCUCGCCCUGCUGAUGGGGACGGUAUUUCUCCGCUUCGACACGCAGCAGGCGUAUAUCCAGCCGUACAUCAACGCCAUCUUCUUCAGCAGCGCGUUCAUGUCCUUCAUGGCCGUCGCGUACGUGCCCGCGUUUCUUGAGGACCUGCACACCUUCCACCAGGAACGGGCGAACGGCCUCGUGGGCCCUCUCUCGUUUCUCGUCUCCAACUUCCUCAUCGGCCUGCCCUUUUUGUUUCUCAUCACCUGCCUCUUCGCCGUGGUGCAGUACUGGAUGACCAACUUCCGCGCGAGCCCAUCCGCGUUCUUCACCUUUAUCGCCUGGCUGUUCCUCGACCUGCUCGCCGCCGAAUCGCUCGUCGUGCUGAUUGCAUCCGUCUUCGACGUGUUUGUCGUCGCCCUGGCCAUCACGGCGUUUGCCAACGGGCUCUGGAUGUGCGUCGACGGCUUCCUUGUUCCCAUGAACACGUUGAAUGUGUUUUGGCGAUACGUCUUCCACUACAUCGAUUACCAGGCGUAUGUCUUCCAGGGGAUGAUGGUCAACGAGUUCCAGCACCGCACGUACGACUGUGCCGGCAGCGAUGCCUCCUAUCAGUGCUCGUAUUCCAGUGAUCUGAAUUCCAUCGGCAAGAUUCGCGGGACCGAUGUUCUUGCCGAGUUCAGCAUCCAUACCGGGUUGGAGGGCGAGUGGUUUGGGAUUUUGAUUGGGAUCAUUUUUGGCUAUCGACUGCUUGCUUAUUUGGUUUUGAUGCGGAAGUAGUAGUACCGUGGUAUAGAUGAUAUAGUAAGAAUAAUAGUAUAGUUAAUAUAGUGAUAUAGUUGUCAACUCUUCGCAAAAGAAACAAGAUCAAACGGUCGAGCCAACAACCCAAUAUACCGCGACCAACUCAUCCAUCUAUUCCGACGCAGCAGACAAACCCCAUUCACAAUCAAAUGCCCCUCCAUCUCAACCAUCAGCCCCUCCUCCUCCAUGAUCCGCUGGAUAUAUUCCGCCGCGGCGUCUCGCGAGGCAACCACCGCAUGACAGAUCGGAGCGUUCUGCGCGUUCAUCUCCGCCGCAAUCCACAUGGCGACCACCCGGCCGAGGAUUCCCACCCCCAGCACGAGCGAUAAGACCAUCAGCGCGACAGAGAUGGGGAGCAAGGUUGCAGAGGCGAAGAGUGCAGUCCCGAACGCAUACACGGUCACCGUUGCAGCCCUGGC